CCAUGGAACGUCGUGACGAAGGGCUGCUCGUUCUUUUCUCGUUGUUCCGUCGUCUUUCUCACAUCGGCAUGAAUCGGCAGCGAAUGCAACAAAACGGGAGGCUAGACAGACAGAUCAGCCACAGUCGCCAACACCUCCCGAUCAGCCGAUCAACCAACGACCCCAAUAACAGGAGAGGGAAGGUAACAGGAAUAGGUACCCAAGAAGCCACCGCCGGAUCACGGCCCUGAUCGAAAGGCCGCCACUGACCGCCGGCUGAUCUUUACUGUUGUCGUGCAUCCGACUUCAGACUACCUGGCACGAGAAACUGCCUUCUCCAGUCCGCCUUCAUAAAGAGUACGUACAAUCAUCCAUAUACUAGACUUAAAAAUCAACGUAAAAAUGGCAUAAUCAACAACAUGAGUCAUCGAUGUGAUAGGCAGUGUCUGAAAAUGGUCUGCCGAACUGUGAAGUUUUAGUUGAAGAGUGACUAUGCACUGACACAGACGGCCUCUGGGCUUCCACGAGACGUGCUCCUCGUCAGGUGCUAUCGCCUAUUAUACCCUGGUGGAUCACGCUAACCUGACGGUGAACGUUGAAAGAAGACGCGGAGCAUUUUUCCUGACCUCGGUUUGUGUCAUUGGAACUUGCAUCAGUUUUGUUUCGAUGGUGAUUCUUGGGGAUUCCACAGAAGAGAGGUCCAACAGUGUAGGACACAGGAAGUGAGAUUAAAAGCAAAGCUUAAAAAUAACCUGAGCAUUGGAAAGCAGCAGAGGAACUGGACACCGAUGCAUGAAAACGUAGAAAGCUUUAGCCCUCGUUAAUGCUCGAUGUACAACGAAUGACAGUAAUAUAUUCGCAAUAUGCCUGUUAAGAUGGCCUCGCAAUAAAACUGGCGCGUGACUUGAUUGAUGCAGCAGGCCCAAGCACAAAGCUUGAAAGGGUUCUAGGAACAAGGAGAAAGAUAGUUCGAAACGAUAGAGCGCUCAAUGUUCCAGGUGAAAUCAUUUCGUCGAAAACUUACUAUGGCGCUCCCAAACAGACGAAACGAACGCGAGCGCAACAGGGUAAAGCAAGUAAACCAGGGAUUUGCCAUGCUUCGGAGCCACAUACCUGCUAUUGCCAAUACCAAAAAACUGUCCAAAGUGAUCACGUUACGAAGCGCUGUUGAUUAUAUACGGACCCUGGAAAGACUUCUGCAUGACGAUCACCCCCCCGUUUUCAUGGAGUUUCCUCAAUACAGCCAUUGUCCUGCCCAAUCGACCCAGUCUCCUGUUGUCUAUGACCAAACAGCCACUCCGCCAGCAUUGAUGCCACCGUUCGAAAGGAUCGACAGAUUCGAACGAUUAGCGCUGCAGGAAGACAGCACGCAGCUGCACAGUCCACCCACGUCGACGGCCGAGUCCUCGGUUAGCGUCGACAUGAACGUCGCCAUGUCAUCGGUCGACUUACAAGCGUUUACCGACGACUGGCACGACUGGCAAUGUCGAUAAGAAUGUUUCCAUGCUAGCAGCUCGCGUAUUAAUCACAAAAUAAAUGUACAUACGAGGUAUGACAUAAUGAGGAGAAAGCCGGAACGAAACAACACCACCUGACAAAUCCACUAAAACGAAAAAUGUCGUGCCGGAAAUAUAUCAAAGAGGAAAAGCCAAUAAUCACCUUCUAUAGAUUUGUGCGCUACAAUAAGAAUACGUUACCAAGCAUAAAUACACGCAAGCAUAAUGGAGCCUAAUCCAUGGCAGACCUCUCUUACGACAACGAAAAUGAUAGCACGAAAUCGUGCCGCUGAUUUGAGAGCGAAAACUGUAACAUUGUGCUGUCUCUACAAACGAACCGUAUUUCAGGCCAUGGCAACCUCAGAGAGAGAAGAAAACGGGCUUUGUAAUAUGCACGUAGAUAGAAAAAAUAAAUCUAAUAAAUACAGUAUAACUGUGAAUGAGGGGUGCACUACGGUGCGUCCAUUGGCGGGCAUGGUUUGAAAUAGUUCCACUUAAGUUGGGAAAUGGGGUGACAUGCGACGCAAGCGCAUAUACACACCUUGUUUCGUUUCCGAGUGUAUGCAUUACAUGUCUCAGGAAUAGGCGUACGACUAUAGCACAAUUUCCCCGAGCUAGUAUAGUAUCAAUUUAAUUCGUGUCAAUGUCACCGAUGUAGGAAAUAGAUAAUGGAUAGUUGUUAUGCGCGUGCCUCGAAACCUUGGCAGUGUAACCUAUCUAGUAUACAAAAACUCUAUAGGGUACUUACGUAGCGUAUAUAUUGCCUCGUACACAACAAACUAUACAGAGGCAUUAUCAAGGAUAAGGUUCUAUUUACAUAAUACUAAUAAUUACACAACGAACAAAAAAAUAUAAGCUAGUACAUGAAAAUGGCUUGCGUUGUUAAUCUAAUCGAUAGUAGUAGUUGAUCUGGUACCAAUUUCCUUACGAGAUUUUUCAUUUGUGAAUAUAUGUGCCAUAGUACACUGUAAGAUAUCGACGCAUCCCAUGAAACAUGACAAUGAAUCGUGUGCAAUAUCGAAUAUUCCUACCCUGAACAAACACUAAUGAACUGAAAUUAACCACAAAUAAAGCGACAAA